AUGGAUUCUAGGACAUUAUCCGGCAAAGCUGUGGAAGAUCCUGCAAAUGCGGAAUCUGAUCUUGAAGCCCAAAGAAUACUUGCUCCGCUGGAUUUGACAGACAAGGACAAAAUUCCACACAAGGCUGAUCCUAGCAGUGAUCUUGAAGAAGGUACUGAGAAGACUCUCGACUGGGAAUCACCAGAUGAUCCAGACAAUCCUCGGAAUUGGCCUAAAGGCAAGAAGCUUUUCCACACUUAUCUGCCGGCGUUAUAUGGGUUUACAAUAACAAUAGGAACGUCUGUCUAUGUUCCAGCAAUCCCUCACAUCAUGGAACAAUUUCACGUCGAAAGAGAAGUUGCGAUUCUACCCCUCUCAUUGUACACCGUUGGAUUUGUCGUUGGGCCUUUACUUGCAGCACCACUCUCAGAAAUAUUUGGGCGUCGGAUAAUAUACUGGACAACAAUACCAAUGUUAUUGCUUUUCACUGGAAUAGCUGGAGCUUCUGACAGUAUUGCUCUAUUGAUUGUUAUGAGAUUACUGGCAGGUACUGGCGGAUCUGGGACUUUGGCCAUUGGUGCAGGAACUAUCGCAGAUCUUUGGGACCAAAAAAGCAGCGGAAAGGCAGCACUAGGAUUCAUCAUGGCCCCUUUCCUGGGUCCCGCCUUGGGUCCACUCACUGGAGCAUAUAUCAUCAGCGAGUACCACAACGAUUGGAGAUAUUCGAUGUGGGUAGUCUUGAUUAUAGGAGCACCAAUAUUCUCCAUCUCACUAUUCAUGCAAGAAACUUCCAAGGUUCGCAUUUUGCAUUUGAGACAGAAGAAGCUUGGCUGUAAAGCUCCACACCACGCCAGAGGCAUGCUGCAAAAAGUGCGGCAGGGCUUUAUUCGACCUUGGCAUAUGAUGUUCGUAGAGCCUCUUGUUGGUUUCCUUAGUAUAUAUACGGGCUUCUCAUUCGCCAUGAUGUUCAGCUUCUUCGGAUCUUACAGCUACGUCUUCGAACUCGUCUACCAUUUCAAUCAAAAGGAAGUCGGCCUGACUUUUCUCGGUAUCCUUGUCGGAUUCAUAUUGGCCAUCAUAACUUUUGGUAUCUUUGACGCAACGCUUUACGCAAAGGCAUCAAUAGCAGCGAAUGGCAAGCCGGCUCCCGAGCACCGAUUGUAUGCUGCCAUGUUAGGAUCUGUAAUGCUAGCUAUCGGACUCUUUUGGUUCGCUUGGUCGCCUCACAAAGAUGUUCACUGGAUUGUCCCUGUGCUUGCUGGCGUACCUUUUGGUUGGGGAGCUUUAGAUAUCUUUAUCUCCGUAACAGCCUAUCUCGUCGAUGUAUACCAAGCCUCGAACAGUGCCUCUGCUGUAGCAGCAAACGGCAUUCUCCGUUACGGACUGGGAGCCGUGUUUCCGCUGUUCACUCUUCAGCUAUAUGAGGCGAUAGGGAUUCAUUGGGCGGGAAGCGUCUUUGCUUUUGUGGCUUUGGCAAUGUUGCCCGUGCCUUGGAUCUUCUUUUGGAAGGGAAAGUUCUUAAGAGCGAGAAGUCAUUAUGAUACAAGUAAGGAUUGAUUUGUUCUGCUGACGGAAGCAACGGCGUUUGAUGACAUUUAUCGUUUUCAUGCGAUGUAUUAGAGAUUUAGAAGACGGAGCUGUCGAGUUUUUACGCGACUUUGAAAUGGUGAUGCAUGUACGGUAUAGAGGAACAUGUUGUGGAUUUUUCCUUUCGGUUUUAGCUUCAUGAUCGAUUAUUCGGC